AACCCUCCGGCCGUGGGCGUCCCGUAGGAGAUUAAGCAGGGCUGGCGGCUCACGAUACGGAUCAUGGAGUUAGAAUUAAACUAUGAGACGAGGAAGGGAGGGGAGUUGAUGAGUUUCUAGUAGUUGAGUCGGGUGAAGGGGGGGGGGGGGAAGGAGGUGGAAAGGUGCGAUUUUUAUGGUUUUUUUGUAAGUUGAGGGUGGAUGAAGAGGUGAAAGGAAGUGGAAAGGUGCGAUUUUUAUAUGUUUUUGAAGUCAAGUUUGGAUAUUCGGGGUUUAGGUACCGAUAUUUUGGGUUUUCGUUGCGUUUCCUUUAGAUUUUAGCGUGGUUUUGUUGGGUCAGUGAUAGGUUGUAGAGAGUGAGGGGGUUUCCACAGAGCGAAACAAAGGAGAAGCGCGAAGGAUUUUGUUUGCUCUUUUAUUUUGCUUCAUGGGUUGUUGUGAAAGAUGAUCCUCAAUAUUGGUGUUAACAAACUGUUUCGAAAGAAUCUGUCUUGCUUGGUGACUUUUAUUAUUUUCUGGGAAGGGUUGGUUUUUGUUUAGUUUUGUUUUCUGGUGCGGUAGAUUGAAAUAGUCAUGUUCCUUGGUGAUUUUAUAUUUGAUUUCUGGCUUUGUUUUAAGAGUUUGUAGCAGUUGGAUAUUCUUUUUGAAGUUUACAAGUUUCUUGCUGGACCGGGAUUGCAGGUGGAUUAGAGUAGAUUUUGUUGGUCUUGUAGUUACCGUUUUGCUUCUGUUCUUCUGGUAUAGGAGCUUAAAAAAUCCAGUUGUCUCUGUUCUCAAGCUCUGUAGGAUAGGGUCUGAGGAGUUCUUAUCAAAGAAACCCAUAAAGGGGGAAACAGAAGAAAGAAUAAAAAGGAGACCCUUGGGUCUUUUCCGUUUUUCUGGAUAUGGUUGCUUACCUUUGAUGAUCACUGAGGAGGAUUCCCCAGCAGCCCAGUUCUUUUUCGAUGCUUCUGAGAUCAAAGCUGCAAGACAUUACACUGAGGCGGAGGUCUAGAGCAUUUAGCAACAACCAAGGCCUCAUGUCUGAUGACACUUGCCUUCCAUCUCCCACUGCCAACAAUAGAAGGCCCACAUUUUCCUCUCUCUUUCCCUCUCCAAGGCUCUUCUCAGGCUUUUCUCCGAAGGGUCUCUCAGACUGUGAGGCUGCCAUGAGCCCAACCUCCAUACUAGAAACCAAACCCUUUUCUGCCAUUGGGAACCCCUUCUUCACUGAUAGGAUCCAAAGAAGGCCUAUCAAAAAUGCCGUUGCUACUACCACUGCUGAUGAGGAUAGACAUCACCCCUGGGACAGUGGAGACUCAAAAGGCAUUGGACUUGGCCUUGUUGAUGCUCUCAACAAUGAGAAAAUUGAUAAGCAGACCUCCAAGCCAGAGAGUAGGAUGGUGAUGUUUGGCUCGCAGCUUAAAAUUCAGAUUCCCCUUGUCCGAUCCAGCUCCAUGUCUCCUUCCGGUUCGAUUGAGUCUCCUCACUCCUCAAUCGAAUUCGGUGUCAAGACUAAGAAUUCUCAGUUGGCUUUAUACUCGCCUGCCCGGAGAUCUCCAAUGGGAUCGACCAACAUGGAAGCUGAUGUGCUAACUUCUUCUCCUCGCCUUUUUACGGGGUGCCUCUCCCCGAGUGAGAUGGAGCUCUCAGAGGACUAUACUUGUGUGAUUUCUCGUGGUCCGAAUCCGAGGACCACUCACAUCUUUGACAAUUGCAUAGUGGGGAGCUGUGGUGUUGGAUUCCUUGCUUUGAGGAAGGAGAACAGGUCCUUGGCUGAUCAUUCGAGCUAUACUUCAGAUAAUUUCUUGAGCUACUGCUAUGCUUGCAGGAAGAAUCUGGGGCAGGGGAAAGACAUUUUCAUGUAUAGAGGUGAAAAAGCAUUCUGCAGCCGUGAGUGCCGUUACCAGGAGAUGCUAUUUGAUGAAGAGAUGGAGAAGUGUUCAUCGGACCUCUUAGAUUCGCUCUAGAAGGUAACUUUUUUUGGCAUGCUGUCUUCCUUUUAAUGGCUGAAAGAGAUCCUUAAGCAGCCUCAGAUGAGUGUUCUCCUUGUUUCUUAUUGUAAAUUUGUUAGGGUUAUGAGGUUUUAAAUAGUACAAAAAAUUAUCUUGUUAUAUAUUUUUUGCGGCCGUUUCUUUCCUCUCUUUAGUAGUUUCUUUUCUUUUUCCAAUGGAGGAGGCUGGUGUUGAGUAAUCUUAGAGAUGAUUUACUGGUUGCUGCUGGGUUUUCCAGAGUUUUUGGCUGAGUAACGUAUGAAUUCCGGAUUUAUGUUUUUCAUUAAGGAUUCUAUGUUGGGCAAGGUCAUGUUAUCCCCUGACCUUGACUGCUUUCCAUGCGAUAGUAUUAGAACCCACUACCAUCACAUUUUCUUAUCAUCUGUCUCAGUUGGCAUCUCAUGUUAGUAAGAAGUUGGUAGCAGAAUGAGUUUAACGGUGUCCAUGGAGUAGGAUGGAAAUGAUGCACUACACCCAUCUUCAUCCUAAAUAUGUCCAAUAUGUGAAAUAGCAUGCAUUGUUUAUUCUGUACUAAAUAAUAAAUUAUGUUAUCAUCAGUGGCUUUGUCCCAUUAGAUUGUCUUAUUACAACAGGCAAAUUAGGAGAACGUCUUUCUGUACAUCUCCUUAUAGCAUGGAGUUGGUUUUCAUUCAAUUAAACACUUAAUCUGAUAGUUUGUCGAGGCAUUAAAUUAAGCAUAUUUGGUAUCAUACAGACUAAGUACAAUUUAUGCAUGCGGUGUAUGUUUAGUUACAGACUAGAUGACAUAACAUUCAGAUGUUUGAAUGGGUAAGAUGCAUCUUUAUGUAGGCACUCAUUAUUAAGCUAAUGUAUGCAAGUGCAUCAUAACCAAGAUAAUGGGCAAUUUUUUCUUCUUUUUUUCCUUAGAGUUUAAAAUAGAAGCAGUGAGAGACCUGGAAUAGAGAAUAAGCUCUGUUUCAUCCUUUCUUUUGGAUGAAUGGAACUGAGUUUGACUAAUGUGGUGCAGAAAACUCAUGUAAAACAUCUGUUGCUCUUCAAGUCUACUUGAGUUCUAAUAAAUAGGUUUAGGAAAUUUCACACUAUAUGUGAAAUAAAUUAGAUGUUGUUGAGUAUGUCUUAAGUUUACAAGUUCUAGAAGAUCGAGUUUGCAUCAGUUCUCAAAGGUCAACUUAGGAUACGAGUUCAAGUCUACAUCGACUUAGGACACCAGUAAUAUAUUAGCCUAACUUGACUAUUGUAGGAAGACCAAUUUGAGUCUAAAUUGGUUUACUCUAUUAUAUAUAUCCCUUGUGACCCCAAAGGAAGAGUGCAAUUGAGUUUCUUAGAGAUCAGUUAUAUUAGGGGCUAGAGUUUGUGAGGUAAUCUUGUCCUCCGUAAUUUUUUUUUUUUUUUAGUGAAGCUUUUACAUUGUCUCUAGCUGUGGACGUAGGUCAAUAGACCAAGCCACAUAAAUAUUGUGUGCUCUUAUUCUUCUCUUGUUCUUUUCUCUUUUUCCUUCUUGUUCCUAUCGUAACAGAUACUAAACAUGCUCUUUGUUCAAUAUCAAAUGGUUUGUGCAGGCAAUACAGUGACCAUCUAUUUUAUAAACUAAUCUAGUACAUUAUGUGCGGUUUAGUAUCUGUCUGCAUCAUAGAAUCAAUGAGCUAAUCAUCCAAAUUGAAGUAGUAGUUUACCAUGAGCCAGGAAAAUUAACAUUCAUGGUAAUCCAGUUCAUUCAACUACAUGAGAUGCCAUCUAUCUUUCCUUUUCCCUUUCUCUCCUUUCUCAUCCAAAAAGGGGCUGGAUCCCAACAUGACAUGCAAACAACGCCUCCUUUCCCCCACAAUGGGCAACUCAAGCUCGCUAGAUAGAAUACUGAGCUAUGUAAAUCCAAAAAUUGACUAUAAAUCUGACCCAGCUUUUAACCUACUUGAUAGUCGGGUUGGACUAGGAUCCGUCUGGGGCCUGGAUUUUAUAAUAUUUUUGGAUCCAAGCCCAGUCGAUAUCCCAAAAAAUUUCAGACGGCUGGGGCAGGGAUGUGUGGCUUGGCUCGGCCUGAUUCCAGCCCUAAUUGAUAGUAACCUUCUAAGUAAGCCUGCAGGAGUUGGGAAGUUUGAGAGAUUAAAGGGUAUCUGCUCUUCACAAUUUGAGGACUAUACCCCUUUAUUUUGUGAGCUGUUGAUAUCUUCAUUACUUACCAUUAUUAAUGCCUUUCAGGCUUGAAGGUUAACUUGGCUAUAAGUGCUUGGUUUUCCAGCUUUAGUUCCUUUUGGAGAAGAUAAGUAAAAUCCAGAGUGCUUGACGGUUCUAUUCAAUCGCAAGGUGUUGAAUGUUAUGCAUAUGGAGCUCUCUUUGACUUGAUAGUUUUGUGAUCGGCAGCAGCCGGUAGUUAACAAGGAAACUAGAUUGUAUGGUUGGAAGUGUCGAAUUUUAUCAUCUGGUGGAAGGCUAGUUUCAGUAUUAUCGUACCUCUCAUUUUGUUAUAUGUUUGUUUUCUUAAACACCUUGUUUACUUGCUAGAUAGCCAAGAUGAGCUUUUAUCUGGAAGGGAAAAGAAUGUGGUGGCUGGCAGUUUUUGUUUAUAAAACAGGGAAUGACUUGUAAAUUAAUAGGUUAAGGUGGCUGUGUGGUUACUGAUCUAGGAGAUUUCAUUUUGGUUUUAUUUCUGAGGAAGAUAUUUCCAGAAAGAGAAGAAGGAAGAGCACCAUUUGAGAUCUUAAUGAUAAAGGAGAAAUCAUUAUUUGGA